GCAUCCCACCAAGCAGUGCUAAGUAUGAUCUUAGAAGAAGAAGUCCAAAUAUGCUACGCCGAUCAUCAGUGGGAUAUUGUUGAUGACGCGAUCCGCAAAUUUCUCAGGAUGAUCUUCAUCUGACGGUGUUGCGUAAUGGAGUUCCCAUACAGCCAAUUUCCGUCGACUUGGAAUCACACGCAAGGCUGAUUCUCCGCCGCGCGUGGAAAGAUCCGCGCAGAACGAUCUUAUCGGGCGAUUUGAAGUUCCAAAACCUAGAUACCACGAUAAUAAACAGGAACAGGAUGAUUGACGCUGGGCCCAUGAGAUGCGUUAGGGACGUGUGGGGGCGGGUGAAGACGAUUUGCAUCGCGCGAGUUUAACAUGGUUCACCCGGGUGGUGUGAGAGGAUAUUGGUGGAGGAGGUCGGUCAACCGGAGCCGGAGUGAUAUGUCGGUAUUUUCAGGAAGAUGGGUAUCCAACUUAGGGUUAUUGAUCUGCAGAUGAGGUGACUAUAUAACCAGCGCAAUCCUUCUCGAAUCCGAGGAGCACAUCAAACCAUUCGCUCACAGCAUUCUCUUCUCCUUUUCAGACAUCCUCAUAGGACCCAACGGUAGCAACAAUAUGGCGGUUGAUAACUUUGAUCUCUCCCCAGCGGUGACCAUCAUCGGCGCAGGACCUUGCGGAUGUGCCUUUGCAGCCGACCUCGCCAGUCGUGGCAAGUCGGUGAUGUUGUACGGACACCCUGACCAUCGCGGGGCCAUUCCCAUGAUUGAGAAGAAUGGUGGCUGGCUCAAAGCCAACGGGGAGAUCAAUGGGACAUUUCAGGUCCAGACAACCAGCGACUUCGAUGUCGCGGCCCGACACUCCGCGUUCCUGGUGAGCACCGUGCCCUCGUAUGGACAGGAAACCAUCCUGCAGGCCCUAAGCCCAUGCGACCUGCAACACCACACCCUCAUCGUCAACGUCGGCAACUUCUUCUACCUCGCCUCCCGCCAGAAGAUCAAUCCCAAAAACGUCCUCGAAACCGAUAUUUCCCCCUACGCCACCCGCAUCACCGGGGACACGGUGUUCGUCAAGGGGGUGAAGAAGAGCCUUGCCAUCUGGGCCGAGCCACCCACCACCGAGUCCGAGGCCUCUUACUACAGCCAAGCCGACGUCGCAUUCCUCCACCGGGAAGUCGAGUCCAUUUUCUCGCAGCGUCUCGUCUGGUGCAAAAACCUGCUGGAAGUCGGCCUGAACAACAUCAACCCGGUCGUGCACUGCCCCGCGGCGCUCAUGAACGCAGGCUGGAUCGAAGCCACCCGAGGCGACUUCUUCUUCUACGCGCAGGGCAUGUCGCCCGCCGUGUCGCGCGUGACAGAGAAGAUCGAUGGCGAGCGUUUGGCCAUCGCACGGGCUUACGGCCUCAACCUCGUCUCCAUCACCGACUACAUGAACCUGAACUACCGCCACGACCAGGAGUUCAGCGACUACCACGACUUUGCGCGCGGGUCUGUCAUUCAUAACAAGACCAAGAGUGCGCCUACCUCAAUGCACCACCGCUACCUGCUCGAGGAUAUCCUGUACGCCAUGGUGCCGUGGUACGAGCUUGGCUUGAAGGCUGGUCUGUCGUCGCCGACUAUCUACUCGCUGAUCGAGCUGGCCUCUGUUGUCAGUGGGUUUGAUUACCUGACGCAUGGGAGGAGCUUGCGAGCGGCGGGCUUCGAGGAGUUGUCCAUGGAGCAGAUCCUGUUGGCGCUAGGUGGGCCGGCAGAAAAUGCUGUGGCUGCUGUGCUUGCCCCGUUGCCGGACUCCCACGUUAAUGGUAGGGUCAACGGGGUGGACUCGCAUGUCGCGUUGCCCAAGACUCAAGUGGUUGCUUGAGGUUGUCUGUUUAUUUCAUGUCGUUCACGUUUGUACAUACUUUAUACCUCUUGUUCGUUGAAUUUUCUGUCAAAAAUUUUGUUCGUUAUUUGGCAUCUGUCAGUGCAUAUAGAUUCGCUGAAUGAUUCUUGAUGCCUAUUUCUAUUGACCCUGUUGCCACUGUAGAGUAUGCCUGGGGAAUGCAGCUGCACAGACCCGUAUUCGCGAGCGAUGUGUCGUAUCUUUAACAAGUGACCGUUGAACGGUGUUAAAUUACCAUUUGAUCAGGCAUGCG